CCCGAGCCGGGCCGGGGCAAGGGGUGAGCCGCACCGGGAGCGGCGGGUCCCUGUCCCYGCUGGGAGUCCCGCCGGCACCCGAGGCCUGAAGGACCGGCGGAAAACCUGUCUUAUUCCUGUGCUCUCUCUCUGUCUCUCUGCAUGUGCGUGUGUGUGUGUGUGUAUGUGUUCGCUUUGGGAGGGGGGAGAUUUUUCUGUGAACUUCCACGGACUUUUGAGUCUCUUAAUUGUGGGAUUCCAGCUUUUUAAGGAAAAGAGGCACCCAACAGCAUGUGGGGGGACGGUGGGAGGUAGAUUCCUGGGUGCCUGAGGCGCUGGCUAUUCCGGGAUUGAGCUCUGCUGCAGCUGAACGGGCUUUUCCAGGUGCGCGCAGCCCAUCCCCGUGAGGUCCGGCUGAGCGCCGCAGGGUGAACGGGGCUGGACUGAGACGUUUCUGCCCCAGACGCYGUUUUUGCCAAGUAGAGUACGACAGCGGCAAAGUGUUUAAAUAGUCAACUUACCUGUUAGCACCAUAAAGUGACUUCUGUAAAGUAGCAAUUUUUCUAAUACCCUGCUUGAGUGAUAAGAGGUUUUKGGGUUAUCCUCUGCUACCCCACCUUUUCUCUUUAAUGCUGCCUCUUAAAAGCUAAGCUAUGGUGCUUGCUGUUGCUUUAGGAAAACUUGGUGCUGAUGUUUUAUCUCUCCCUAAGGAAAUGUAAAUAUGCUUGUUUCAUGUUGUUUCUAAAAGGAUAUUGCUUAACAUGAAGAAACACGUUUGUGUUCCUUCUGUUUUAUUAGAGUUAGGUAUUUAUGUAGAUGUUUUGACACUGAUAUUUGGGUAAUGUAAGGUGAGGAGGGCUUAAAUCAAAAUUAAAACCACAGAAAUACUUCUUAAAAUGAACCUAGCAUAAGGAGUAUUGAAAUUUGUGAAUAUAUGUUGUAGCACCCACUGGGCUUUUUUAUGUAGCAAUGUAAAUUUAUAGGAUGUUUAUCUCAUCGUUUGUUAUGGUGAGAUGCUUUAUAAUGAAGUUCAUUAAAUUGUGUCUCAAAAUUCUUCCAUCUUCAAAGCAGAGAAUACAUAUUCUGAUGAAUGCCUAAUGUCGUUGUUACUCUGACUCUUCCAGAAUAUAAAUAAUACUUAAUUUGUCACAUCUCUUUCUCCAUCCAAAUACUUUCUCCUAUCCGUUAUUUAGGUUUUUUCCCUUAUAGCUAUUUCAAAACCGAUUCAGAAAAACCAAAAUUGAACACAAGUGCUCAAAUCUCUUCUGUUCUUAAAGAUCAGUGUCUAAUAAUUAAUUUGUUGGGAGAAAAUAAAACAGGAUUGUAAAAAUGUUCCUCUUACUAUUUCUAUUUUACUGUGUUACAUAUCUUCCUUGCAUUCUUCAUUUCCCCCAAUUAGAUAAAACAGGGAGUUGAAAAGCAUGUUCUAAGUCUAGGAAUUGAUCCUUAAACCAUUCAAAGCAGCAGGAGGUUUCUUUAUCUAAGUUCAUUGGGUACUAGUUAAGGGCUCUCUUUAGUUAUUUAUUUGGGUGUUCUUGAUAUUGGGACAAUUGAAACAUGUGCCUAAAAAUAAGCAUUUGGUCACAUGUUUUACUGUAAUUGGGUGUGUUUGCAGAAUAGUGUUGAUUUCUCUCUUUAUUAUCUAGUCUGUAGGGAGCUAGAAAAUUUAUUUUUUCACUUCUGAUACCAGCAGAAUGGGCUAGAAGCUAUAAAAACUACUUUCUCUGUGGUCUUUUAUUGUGCUUCAUGUACUGCUGAAAAUGUGCUUAGUGAUUCUUGCAGUCCUGAACAUACUGUACCUAAUUUGUGUGUUUGUAUUCUGUGUAACCAGGGCACAUUAGGUGUGUUGGCAUUCUUGGCUACUGUGGAGUAGAUACUGGCAACAACUCUUCCUCGGGCAGCUGACUGUAAGGCCUCCCCUGUUCCCCCAGCUCACAUUUGCUUUUAAGGGUAGAUAAGAGCUGGCAAAGCUUCCAUGCACUUUUCAGCACUCUGCACAAAACAGUGCUGUGCUAGCAAUUGCUGAGAGUAUGCCCCAAGAUUUGUCUUACAGAGAGAUUGAAGGAUGUGUACUUGUUGGUUUGGACAGGUGCUCUCUCUGCUGAUUAAAACAACUGGCUCGAUGACCAGGCCCAGAGAGUGGUGGUAAAUGGAGUUAUAUCCAAUGGAGGCUGGUUACAAGUGUUCCCCAGGGCUCACUAAUGGUGCCAGUUCUUUUAAAGGUUUUUAUUGAUGAUCUGGAUGAGUGGAUUGAGUAUACCCUCAGUAAGUUUGCAGAUGACACCAAGUCGAAUGGGAGUGUUGAUCUGCUGGAGGGUAGGAAGGCUCUGCAGAGGGAUCUGGACAGGCUGGAUCAAUGGGCAAGGCCAGUGGUAUGGGGUUCAACAUGCCAAGUGCCUGUCCUUGGGUCACAACAGCUCUAUGAAGUGCUAGACGCUUGGGGCAGAGYGCCUGGAUAGGGGUCCAACAGAUAAGAGCCUGGGGGUGCUGGUCAACAGCAGCUGAACAUGAGCCAGCUGUGGCCAAGAAGGCAAAUGGYAUCCUGGCCUGUACCAGCAAUAGCGUGGCCAGCAGGACCAGAACAUUGAUUGUCCUCUGUACUCACUGGUGGUGAGGCCACACUUCAAAUCCUGCAUCCAGUUCUGGUCCCCUCACUGCAGGRCAGACAUUGAGRUGCUGGAGUGUGUCCAUAGAAGGGGAACAGAGAUGGUGAAGGGUCAGGAGCACAAAUCCUGUGAGGAGCAGCUGUGGGAAUGGGGGUUGUUUAGCCUGGAGAACAGGAGGCUUAGGGGGGUGAAAAGAAGGCCAAAAGGAGCAUGUAGCCAAGUGGGGGUGGUUCUGUUCUCCCAGGUAACAAGCAAAAAGGCAAGAUGAAAUGGCCUUAUGCUGCACUGGGCAGCUAACAAGCAAUAAUGCAAGAGGAAAUGGCCACAAGCUGCCCUAAGGGAGGUUUAGAUAAGGUAUGGGAAAAAUUUCUUCCCUGGAAGGRUGGUCAGACAGUGGUGAAGAGUGCCUAAGGGAGUGACAGAAUCRUUGUGCUUGGACGCAUUUAGAAGAUGUGUAGAUAGUGGUUCAGAUGUGGACCUGGCUCAGUCAGGUUAACAGCUGGACUCGGUGACCUUAAGUGUCUUUCUAACCUAAAUGAUCCUAUGAUUCUACUGCUGGUAAUUAUGUUAUGCCAUGCUCGAAAUUUAUAUAUUGUAGAAGCUAAAAAGCAAAUGUCAGUGAUCAGGCAAAAUAAAAUGUGCAUUUAGGAGCAUAUUGAUGAACAGUUGUGUAUAUGUUUUAUUGAUUAAAACCCCAUAGUGCUUAAUAACAAGCUCUACACACGUUAACUGCAAUGGAAUGCUUUUUAAAAUUAAGUCUUUGCUGGCAGUACUAAGAAGGGAUUGGGAAYGUGGUCUUCAUGUCUUCUCUGCUCAGCCUCCUGCCAUUCAGGGUCAGGUACAGCUUGGACCAUUCCUCUUCUAARUGUAAUUUGUAUUUGAAUCUCUUUUAUACGUCAUUGCUUGGUAGGGGCUCAUACCAUUGAUAUUCUAAAUUUUAUUUUCUCUGAAUAGACCAAGUGUCUGAUUUGUCAUUUCAGAUUCCAGCUAUGAUUAUGUGGUCAUGUGUCUUGUCUUAUUCUUCACAUUUGUACAGUCCCGAAAGAGCCUUUUUCCUCCUUUGUGAGAAAGAAACUUGCAGUCCUCCUUCAUUGAACUGGAAAUCCCAUUUUUUUAUGUUCCUGCUUCAUUCUCCAGUUGCGACUAGAAAAGCAUAUCAACCUGUUGCAAGACCAGGGAGCACACACAUUGCCCACCCUGGAGCCGAGGCACAGAGGCUGAAAGAUUCAUUCAGUGAAUUCAGUGAAUAAGAAGUGUGCAACUGCAGAUCAAGACCCAGUGUUGGUUGUGGAAAAUAUUAACACUACCAAUGUAUGGCUUGAUCUCUUCUCUCAGCUCCAGAUGACCUGCCCWGUUAUUCGUAAGGAUGUCGUCUGUUACUGAAAAUGGAGAUGUUACUGCUGGAAAGCCAAAUGAAGAGAAAACAUAUAAAAAGACUGCAUCCUCAGCUAUUAAAGGCGCUAUCCAGUUGGGAAUAGGAUACACAGUAGGAAGCCUUACAUCAAAACCAGACAGAGAUGUUCUUAUGCARGACUUCUAUGUAGUGGAAAGUGUCUUUCUACCAAGUGAAGGGAGCAAUCUUACCCCUGCUCAUCAUUACCCCGACUUCAGAUUUAAGACGUAUGCACCUCUUGCCUUCCGCUAUUUCAGAGAACUUUUUGGUAUCAAGCCUGAUGACUAUUUGUACUCAAUCUGCAGUGAACCUUUAAUUGAAUUAUCCAAYCCAGGUGCCAGUGGGUCGUUAUUCUUUGUAACUAGUGGUGAUGAAUUCAUCAUCAAAACAGUUCAACACAAAGAGGCUGAGUUUCUUCAGAAGCUCUUGCCAGGUUAUUAUAUGAAUCUGAACCAGAAUCCAAGGACUCUUCUACCCAAAUUUUAUGGGCUGUACUGUGUUCAGUCUGGAGGCAUUAAUAUUAGAAUUGUUGUCAUGAACAAUGUUUUGCCACGAGCCUUGAAAAUGCAUUUCACAUAUGACUUGAAAGGCUCCACCUACAAACGGAGAGCAUCAAGAAAAGAGAGGGAGAAGUCCAACCCUACAUUCAAAGACCUGGACUUCUUGCAAGAUAUGCAUGAAGGAUUGUAUUUUGACUCUGAAACACACAGUGCACUAAUGAAAACACUACAGCGUGACUGUCGAGUUCUUGAAAGUUUCAAGAUCAUGGAUUACAGUCUGCUUUUGGGGAUCCACAUAUUGAACAGUAACAUGAAGGAAAAGGAAGGAGAGUGCUCCCAGAGCACAUCAGAUGCAAAACGUCAUGGAGGGCAGAAAGUUCUCUAUUCCACAGCCAUGGAAUCUAUACAGGGCCCUGGGAAGUCAGGAGACUCCGUCUCCACAGAGACAACAAAUACAAUGGGAGGUAUUCCAGCCAAAAGCCAUAAAGGAGAAAAGCUGCUUCUAUUUAUGGGUAUUAUUGAUAUUCUCCAAUCUUACAGGUUAAUGAAGAAGCUGGAACAUUCUUGGAAAGCACUUGUUUAUGAUGGGGAUACUGUUUCAGUUCAUCGACCAAGUUUUUAUGCAGACAGAUUUUUAAAGUUUAUGAAUGCAAGAGUUUUCAAAAAAGUUCAAGCUUUAAAGCCUUCACCUUCAAAGAAACGGUGCAAUUCCAUCACAGCCCUAAAGGCAGCAUCACAAGAAAUAGUGUGUGCAGUUAGCCAGGAGUGGAAGGAUGAAAAGCAUGGCAUUCUUGCUGAAGGACAAAGCUAUGCCAGCCUUGAUGAAGAAGCAGUACUGGGUUCGCACCACCGGCCAGAUCUAGUGCCAAGCACUCCAUCUCUGUUUGAAGCAGCUUCUUUGGCAACCACAAUUUCUUCUUCUUCUUUGAAUGUAGAUGAGCAUUGUCUACGUGAUCGACCUACRCUCUAUUCUAGCAGUAAAGGGUUACCUUCAAGUUCAACAUUCACGUUGGGAGACAGUGCCAUCUAUCUGACUUCAGAACAGAGCACACUGGAAAUGGAAAAYGAUAAUGCUUCAGUUUUGGAUGUCUACUUAUAACAAAUAUGUGAAGAGAAAAACUAAGAGAAGUGACCAUGGUUAAUGAAGAGCACUUUCUCCACUCCUCAUUUAAGAAGGAGGAAUUUGCUGAGCCUAAUAGACAAAGACUAAUAAUCAACAGAACUUAUUCUAAGAAGUGUCAGGAUCUUUGAACCAUAGAAAGGAUUGAUGGACUUGACAAAAAUGACAUGAAACAUUCCACACUCUGCUGUCAUCUGCUGUUGCUUGCUCAACUGUGAAGAACUGUGUAUUCAGGCUGCUUUCUACAAUAUUGCCAAUCACCUUUUUUGGACUUCAAAGUGAUAUUUUCUUAUCAGUUCUCUAGUGGUUUCAUUUGCAUGCACUCUGUAACUAUGCACAAGCAAAACCUAUUAUCUGCUUCACCUAUUUAAAAAUAAGCACAGUGGUGAAUAAAAUCAAUUUCUUUUUUUUUUUUUUUGACCCCUCAGUUCUAAUAGCUUAGGUCCACAUCAGUGGAAAUUGGAACUGAUGUUGUAUGAGGGUUAGGGCAAAUCUCUGCACAUACCAUAUGAAAAUGAGCCUCUAAAGAUACUUUCACUGUUGGUAAAAAGGAGAUAAAAAUGUUAUUUAUAACAAGGCCUUACAUUGUGUACAUAUAUUGUCCUUGAAAUAUUUUUGAUUUUGCUUUAUUUCUUGUAAAAGAAAAUUCUAUAAUUUAUUUAGAAAAUACUACUGUAAACUAUAGUUUUAUUGAUGAAUA